AUGAAGUCAUACAAGACAAUCAAUGAUGAGAAUAAGCUAAGUCACCACAUCAGGGCAAAGUCUGAUCGUUACAACAGUACUCAUAACAUCAAUUCCAGUGGUACUGCUGCUGCUAGUAGCUUAGCAAACAUCACAAACUCUUCCAAGAUUGCAUCGGGGUCCAAUUGCAAGUCAACAAGACUGUCUGACUCACAUUUGGGUUCACUUCAGCAGAGAGAAGUGUUGAGUGAUUUAACGGCCCAGGAAAAUUACAAAUCGCGUCUCAAAUCACAACAACAACAACAGCCAUCAUCAUCACGCUCAUCGACACAUCAACCGCAGCCUCCAAUUCAUCAUUCACAUCCGUAUGCUCAGUACCAAUCUUAUCAUCAGCGCAGCAGCAGCCAUGACAAUAGCAACAGCAAUAGCAGUAUUACAAGUGGUGUGUCUACUGCCGGUCCCACAUUAACCAACUCAAAAUUGCAGAUUUAUAAACAAGCAGCGCAAAAUCUCCAUCAUAAUAAGAAACCAAGAUUGGAGAAGGCCCUGCAUAAAGAAUUUGCCGAUUAUACAGAUGAGGACUUGAGAAUCACGUCUGACGAAGCAGCAGCAGAGUCAAGUGAUGACAAGGAAAAUAGACUUCCCCUGCUGCAGUACACCCACCCGACUUUGCAUGUUCAGCAUCAGCAUCAGCAUCAGAACCUGCACCUACACGACCUUCACAAUAGGAUAUACGAUGAUGCAAGGCACCAAAGUGCCCAACACUUGCCAUCACAUUCCCAUGACAAAUAUGAAAUGCAUUUCAAAGAGGAGAUGGAUGAUGAGGAGUUUACUGAUGGAGUGCCCGACAAUUAUGUACUCGAUGAGGAAGAGUUUGAUGAGGAGGAUAAUACUAAUGAUGAUGAUUUACGAGAUCAAAUGGUUAUAAAACAAAGUAUCACCAGAGAUAGCGUGACGGAACCUUACAGCAGGAAUGACGAUGAACUACAAACAGAAAAGGAAGUUUCAAUGGAAACAACAAUCAAGCAAGGCGAUAGUCUGUCCAUUCACGAGGAAGACGAAGCGCAUCACCACCACCACCAACAACUGCAACAACUGCAACAACUGCAAGUCACAUCGAAGUCACAACUUUCAAAUACCCAGAAGCGUAGUGAAACAGUCACUCCCAUGAAGCCAUCCUGGGACCUAUCCAUCAAAAUGGAGUUGAAAAGAAUAGUGGACAAGUAUUCGAGAACAACCUUGGAUGAAAAUGACGAAGAUACUUAUGACGCUUCAAUGGUUGCAGAGUAUGCUCCCGAAAUAUUCAAUUAUAUGCGCAGUUUGGAGGAAAAGUACAAACCAAAUCCAUAUUACAUGGAUGUUCUACAAGAUGAAUUGAGAUGGGGCAUGAGAGCAGUGUUGAUUGAUUGGGUGGUUCAAGUCCAUGGCAAAUUCAACUUACUCCCCGAAACCCUUUUCCUUACUGUCAACUACAUCGAUCGAUUUCUUUCCAAGCGUAAAGUGUCAUUAUCCAGAUUCCAAUUAGUUGGCGCGGUUGCAUUUUUCAUUGCUGCCAAGUACGAAGAGAUUAAUUGUCCAACUGUACAAGAGGUGGCAUUCAUGGCAGACAACGCAUACACCAUUGAUGAGUUUUUAAAAGCCGAAAGAUUUAUGGUUGAUGUUCUUGAAUUUGAUAUGGGGUGGCCAGGACCAAUGUCGUUUCUUCGACGUACAUCCAAAGCCGAUGAUUAUGACUACGAAACGCGUACAUUGGCCAAAUACUUUUUGGAGAUUACAAUAAUGGAUGCACGGUUUGUUGCAUCUCCGCCUAGUUGGUUGGCUGCUGGCGCUCAUUACCUUUCGCGUGUUUUAUUGAGUCGUGGUGAAUGGACAGAGGCGCAUGUCUUUUAUAGUGGAUACACUGAACGGCAAUUGCGACCAUUGGCGGAACAAUUGUUGGAAAACUGUCGGUAUGCCGAAAAGAACCACAAGGCUAUUUUCGAAAAGUAUCUGGAGAGGAGAUACAGAAAGAGUUCGUUGUUUGUGAAGGAGUAUUUUGAAAACUUUUGA